UCUCCGAGUCAUUGAAGUCUGCAAUGGAGAGCUCGCAGAAUCCGAACACAAUCCCAAACUCUAACCCCAAUCGAAUCCAGAAUCCCGUAUCGUCACAGAUUGCUGCGUUAUGGCCGACCAUUGAUGCUUCACUGGGGUUGUCGGGGGAAGAGUCGGUGAGCUAUGCCCGUAGAUUCUACAAAUUUGGAUUCGCAUUGCUUCCGUUUCUUUGGGCGGUUAAUUGCUUCUACUUUUGGCCUGUUCUCCGCGAUUCUCACUCGUUUCCUCGCAUCCGACCCUAUAUUGUUGGCUCAGCUAUUGGGUUUGCUGUUUUCAUGGCCAUUAUCUCCUCUUGGGCCUUGACAUUUUCCAUUGGAGGAGAACGCCUCUUUGGACCCGUGUGGAACAAACUAGUAAUGUACAACCUUGCUGACAAAUUAGGAUUGACAGGUUGGAGCUAG